AUGACGACUCUCAUUCAGACCCGGAUACCGCUGCAGGAUUUGAGCAUGACCAACCAGUCCGAUCGACGCUACAGCAAACGUCUGGCCGCCACUGCUGUAUACGAUGAACAGGAUGGUGAUUUCCACUUCACCCGGGGCUCCAAGAAGGUCAAGACGUCGGCCGAGCCAGAGCCGGUGCCGGCAACGACGACUACGACGAGCAGGCCCAAGAAGGGCACGGCCAACGGGCGUACAAGCAUCAGCAACAGCAGCAAGCUUCACAACACGAUGGGCCGCAGACGAGCGUCCCCAGCACCGCCAUCCCCAAUAGCGCUGCCAUUCAGCGACACGCCGAUCAUCAACCGCAACAAGGAGCUGCGACGACAAGCAGGCGGCCAGCGACGUAGCAGCGUGGGAAUGCGCGGGCGACGGGCAAGCUCGCUAAUCGACAACGGGCACAGCGCGCUGCCGCACCGGGCUGUCGACACGGCCGAGUUUUACAAGCACAUCGAGGCGGACCAGGUGGAGCCACGACGCAUGCGGCAGCUGCUGGUGUGGUGCGGCGAGCGGGCGCUGUCGGAGAAGCCGCCACAUGGAUCAGCAAACGCGAGCGCGAUCUUGGGAGCGCGGGCGAUACAGGACCAACUGCUCAAGGACUUUGGCAGCCGGGCGGAGUUCUCCAACUGGUUUGAGCGAGACCACAUGCCAGAAGAGCUAGCCAAGGAGCGGAAGAAGACAGUGGUGCUGAAGCCGAACCCGCGGAACAUUGAGCACGAAGAGAAGAUUGCCGAGCUGGAAGCACGGAUAAAGAGAUUGAAAGAAGAGAAGAAACGGUGGCUCGCACUGGCAAAACCACUGCCAGAACUGCCGCCGCUGUAUGGUGCAAGCGAAGAUGCAGAGAGAAGGCCGCCAGCACCAGACGCGACGUUGCUCGAUCCGGAAGAAGCCAAGAUGCUGGAGGCCGUGAUACCGGUCGCAGGAUCAGCAUCAGUACCAGCAGCAACACCAGCACAAGGCACAUUACAGCAACCACGGCCACAACUGCAGCCACCUCCAGGGCUGUCGUCGGCAGCCGCAUUCCGGGCGCAGCUGCUGGCGCGACUGCAGAGGUUGCAGACGACAGCGCCCUUCCAGAUCGACCAUCUGGCGUACGGGGUGCAUGUGUUGGACCAGCGAGUGGCAGUGGCUGGCCAGGAAGCGGACCGGCUGCUGCGGUUGAGCGCGGCGCGGCUUAAAGAGCGCGAGGACCGCGAAAAGGCAGCCGUGGGCACCAAGGCACUGCCGAUGAUGGAGGUAUUGCGCAGUCUCGGCCGGAUCUUGCCAGACGACCAGGGUGGAGGCAGCGGGGGUGGCAGCUGA